CGCCACUCGGCCCAUUCUCAGACUUGUCAACCCGCCGACAACAUGUCAGAAACCGGCGCCCUGCCCAUCACUGACAAGUCGCCUUCCAACGUCAGCUACCUCACGACUGUCCUGUGCGCCAUUGUCGUGUACUUCUGUGUCUUCAAGUUCGUGUCGCCAUGGUUGCUUCGAGCCGUUUUUGGAAAGCGUUACGCGGCGCUUCCGGGUCCCAAGAGAAAAUUUCUAGACGAAGCAGGAGCAUGCACCUGUUUCUCCACAGUGAUGGGCUGCUGGGCUCUGUAUAUACACUACUUGGACACACACAUAAACAGCACUCUACUUCGCUAUGACUAUCCUCCGGUGCGGCACAACUGCUGCAUCUUGCUGGGAUUCUCCAUUGCUGAUAUGAUCGCUAAGUUUGUGUUUGUGGGUGAAAGUGAGAUGGGGAUGAUGACUUUUAUAGUGCAUCACCUGGUGACUGUCACUAUCAGCUGUGUAGGAGCUUGUACAACCUCACUUCCUUUCUACGUCAACAUGGGGCCUAUGUUGGAAUUUUCCAAUCCAUUUCUUAAUAUGAGGACUAUCCUAAAGGAGUUGGGAUUCCCGGCACUGUCAACGCCAUACAAGAUCAACGGCAUCCUGUGGCUACUGUCCUUCUUCUUAGUGCGAAUAGUCAUAACGAUCUUUGUGGCUUGGUACAAGUUUGCUCCCUUGAUGCUGACCAGCGAACUAUACGAGCAGGUUGAAGCUAUUACCCUCGUCGCCAUCUUCACUGGAGGGCCAUUCUUCAAUAUCCUCAGUGUCUACUGGUUUAUCAAGAUAUGGCAGGGGACAUUAAAAGUACUCAGGGGUGGUCAUAAAAAUAUCUAAUGUCAUGCUUCCUUACUAUCAGUAAGUGCCCUGCAGGAUAUCCUGGUUUAGAGCAUCUGAAGUGGGGUCCAUCCGAUGAAAUGUCGAGGAUUAGAGUACAAUCCAAGUUAAUCCUGUAUGUCCUGACAUCAGCAGAUAGCUGCUUACUUACCGGUGCUUUGAUGGGAGAAGGCUGCGUACGUAGGAUCACUGUGCUCCACUCUCAUUGUAGGUGUGCUAGGGACACAAAGGUUACAGUGACCUAUUAAUGAUGUCAAUUGUCAUGCUGCUGUUUCAUCCAAGUUGAUAGUUGAUACUUUGUAGUAGUGUUUACAAAUCAGACAGCCUCAUUAUGUAGUAUUUCACUCAUAAUGAAUGGUAAUGGUGCUAGUAAUUGGAGUGGGAAAGUCCACUCUACUCUACAGUUUUGUUCAGAAAGGACACUGGAGCAGCAUAGUUCCCAUAGAGAGACUUUAAUCAAGCCCACAUUCAGACAUGUUUUGCUAGUGUGGCUUCUUCAGUGGUAGGACUGUAUGAACACAAGUACAAUGCAAAUGGUAUUGGUGCUAAUUACCGUGUAUGUCUUAAAGUAAUAAAAACAAGUAUGUGAGGUGUUGGUGGUUGAUAGACACACAACAUCUGUAUACAUGUAUUCAUAAACUUCUCUGUCAUCCAAUCAGUGUUGGUUACAUGGCUAGCAGGCAGAAGGAAGGUUAAGCUUCUUGUAAAACUUCUCAACGAGUCGUGCCAACAGGCCGGAUAUCUGUGUUGUACUUCUAUUUAGCUGAAUAGGCAGCUUUAAAGAAUUUUCUUCUGAGUCAUCGAUGAAUUAUUGUUAUCUUCUCAUGCUGGUUUCACAUAUUUUUUUCCUCCGGCUGUUAAAAUGUUACUUAAAAAGUAUUAAUACGGACAUGAUUUAAACACAUGAGGUGCAAUGUGAUUUUUGCUUCAGCAAUAGUCCAUCUAGAAUUGAAUAAAAAAAUGUAGUGAUGUAA